AGUUGCCGGAGCAAUCAUCAACAAUGUCACCAACCUCACUUCAUCAAUAUAGUUAGUAGCGUUGAAGUCAAUGAAGGGAGGAGGGAGACAUUCUCCUAUAUUCUAUGUACUCUACUCCGUACAGCCCACUUGCUUGCUGUCUCUGCCCUGGCAUGUUCCCAGUGGCCAUCUUUUUAGCUCCGACUGUCUCCAGGCCCUGGCAGGGUCCUAUCAAGUUGACAAUGCAAGUUCGCUUUCCCCGCCCGCCAGAUGGCGCACCAGCAAUUGACACAACACACAACCUCCACCGCCGGCGCAUAGAACGAACGGUUGCGUCCGCAAUCAUCUAAUUUCCCCUGUCAUUUAUCGCUCUUUUAUUUAUUUUCAUUAUUAUGAUAAUCUCACUCCACUAAUUAUAUAGGUUACUGGGGUUGGCUGUUGGUUUGAAAAAAUCCGGGUGGUUGGGUUGGGUUAGCUACCACUACGCAGUAACUAAGCUUGGACGAUGUGAAGGAAGAAAUGGUGGCUGGGAGCGGACGAAAAGAAAAGGGCUGGGUCUUAGACAGGACAAGACAAGACAAGACAACUGAUAUCGCCCAUCACUUUUUUAUUUUUUUGUCUUCUGUAUUGUUCCUUGAUCUUGUUUUCUCUCUGUCUCUUUUUCUUUUCUUGUUUAUAUUUUCCUGGCUUCUAUUGUUCGUUCUAUUUGAACUGGUGUGUCCAGACUCAACCAAAGCGCAUUGACAGCGAGAACUGAGGGAAACUGGAUAUCGAUAAAACACCCCACCUCACCAAUUAUUUACCUUCACGAUCUUCCUAUAGCAGUUUGCCGCAGGAAUUCUGUUCAGAAAGGCCCAGUUGGGUUGCUGGUUCUCUAAACCCAAGCUGUACUUGUACAGUGCUUGGUGAGAGAGACGACCAUCAUCUCAUACUUUUUGCGCUUGCCUAUACUUCUCGCAGAUCCGGCCGCCAGCAGCAAUGCGCCGCCUCAGGAUAUCUUCAGCGGCCUUAGCUAUACUAUCAAUCCUCUCGCAAUCACCUUCAUUAACGACACACGCAUUCCCAUUCCCCCUACAUUUCAACACCGGCCUAGCCAGUCGCGAUUGCAAGCCCUGCGGCUUCUACGGCCAAGAGUGCUGCACCACUUCGCAAAUCUGCACCACAAACGCCAACAACCAAGCCAUCUGCAUCGACUUCACCUCUGUCGGAAAACCCCGCGCUACGGAGGGUCAAUGGGAAACAUUCACAACCACAUUCGUCCGCACAGACCUAGUCACCGUGACAUCGGUGGGCAGCAGAUUCAUUGCCGCCCCGACCUCCAGCAGCCAGAUCCAAUGCCAACUCGAACUUGGUGAAUCCGCCUGCGGCACCAUCUGCUGCACGGCCGCUCAGGCAUGCAAAUCUGAAGGCCAAUGCGUCGAGGCAGGAAGCUCCCCCUUCGAUCCCACCGUAGGGCCUUCCCCCACCCCUCCCUCCAGACCAACCAGCUCGGGCGACGCAACCAUCACCACCAUGCCGACCGCAACCGUCCCCUUCCUCCCUCCAGUUGGCACAGACGGCAACCCGCUGCCACCGCCAGCAGCCUCGACGGGCGGCGGGGGACUCAGCGGUGGCGCCAUCGCAGGCAUCGUCAUCGGUGUCAUUUUCGGCGUCCUCCUCUUAUUUCUCAUCUGCUUGUCCGCGUGCGCCAAAGGCGCCAUCGCGGCGAUUCUGGCACUGCUGGGGCUGGGCAAGAAGAAAAGAGAGAGCGGCUCCAGUACGACACAUUCGUUCUCCGAUGGCGACGGGCGACCUGGCCGUACCUGGUUUGGGUACCGCCCAUCCCGCCCGCCUCCAGCGCGGUACUCGAACUCGUACUCGUCUUACACUGAGAAGUCGAAGAAGUCCGGCCUGUUUGGUCUGGGGAAGUGGACGAGUAUAGGGCUUGUUCUGGGCGCUCUGGCAAUUUGUCUGGGGCUGCGGAGUAAGAAGAAGCAACAAUCGCCCAGUUCAGGUUAUUCCGAUUCGUACUAUUACUAUGAUUAUAGUAGCAGCAGCAGCAGUAGCUCACCACCGCCCAGAUCAAAGCGGUCGAAGGUUCCUUCUUCAAGAUCGAGGUCGAGGUCAACGAGGCAUUGAUGUUGCUCUCUCUCGCCACCUCUUUUCUACUCUCCCCCUUUCUCCGAUUCUGAAGCUUUGCCCUGGAUGAGAAACCUGUCCACCCCACCGCUGAUCAAGUCGAGGUCCCUAUAAAUCUUCCCAAAUAACCUCAUGUGGAGAUCCUUUGUCCCCUAUUUCGUCUGUCUUUUUUCCUUCUCUUUCUAUCUAUUUCUUAUGUUUGCCAAGGGAACGGAGUUUAGGCUUUCUUUGUUCCUCAAUGAUACAAUGGGAGACGAAUCACUAUUAAAUGUUAUUUUUUAUGAAACGACCUGUUCCGAAUUUGAUGUAUAUAAUGUUGGGAACCCUCUUCUCUUGUUUCGUACUUUUUCUGCUGUUAUGGAGGAGAUCCUUUAAGGAGAUAAUGGAUUAUAGAUAUACGCCAGUUAAU